AUUUCGUUGCGUAAUUUUGGGGUUACGUAUUGUUCUACCGAUAACAUUUCAAUUUUUAAAAUUAGCUCUUGCCAAAAUUGAAAGACGGUCCAAAAGGAUUUUGGAUCAUUUAAAAGGUUUCUCAAAAGGACGUUCUGCCCAGAAGGUAUCGCCAUCUGCCGGUCGCUUGGGAAUCUCGUGAAGAACGACGGCUUUGACAUCGCAAGCUCGCAACCCUGCUUUCAAAAAUAAAAAUUCAAGAAAUGGCACCGAUUCGAUCAUUGGGCGUGUUCGCCAGCAUUGUUAUAUUUUAUUUAUUUGCUGUAAAGGAAGGUAGUGGUAUCAAAUGCUGGGUAUGCAGAUCCUUGGAAGAUCCCAAAUGUGCAGAUCCAUUUGACAACACAUCCACGCCCUUUUUUGACUGUGCCACCUUUCCAGAAGUAACACACUUACCUGGUGUGAAGGCUACUAUGUGCAGAAAAAUCCGCCAGAAAGUGAAUGGUGAAUGGAGGUACAUCCGUUCAUGUGCCAGGCUUGGGGAACCCGGUAUUGGGGGAGAUGAACGUUACUGCCUGCAGAGAUCAGGGACGUUCAACAUUCACAUUGAAAGCUGUACAUGCAACAGCAAAGAUGGUUGUAAUGCUGCAAGCUCACUACUACCUUUCAAUCUCAUGACAGCAGCAUUAAUUCCCUCAGUUUUAGCUGCUCCAUUACCUCAAGAGGUUGUAAGUGUGUAAUCAAUCUGGUUUGUCAACAUCAUAGCAAAAUGAAUCUCAGCCCUUUUAUUCAUUCCAUUCAAGCCGUCCAACCGCUUGAAUUUUUUACGCCGUCCGUAAAGUGCCUUUUUAUCAGUGAAACGACUACACACCUGUAGAAAAUAAACGAUUGUUUUUAUGUGCUGA